GGAGUGUCCGCGCCGCCAGUCAGGGUGAGAAUGCCAGCGCGACAACCGGCUAGCACCGUAGACGCUCAUCGUCCCGUAUAAUGCCACCAGUUGGUGGCACACUUUCGGACGUGGUGCACGGCAACAGCACGGCAGUGCACAAUGUCACAGCCACACUUGGCACACUGUUGCUGGGUGAGGAGAUCGGCCGCAAUGCGACCUCCUCGACAUCGCUUGCGACUGCGAUUGCGACCAACGGCUCAGUGCCGUUUAGCCAUCCCCCCGUCGACCAUUUCACCUUCACGCAGAUGGUCGUCAUCGCCCUGCUUACCGGCACCCUCAGCCUCGUCACAGUCGUCGGCAACUCCAUGGUCAUGGUCUCCUUCAAGAUCGACAAGCAGCUGCAGACCAUCAGCAACUACUUCCUCUUCAGCUUGGCCGUCGCUGACUUCGCCAUAGGCGCCAUAUCUAUGCCCCUGUUUACCGUGUCUACCAUCUAUGGGUACUGGCCACUGGGUCCACACGUGUGUGACACGUGGCUGGCUCUGGACUACCUGGCCAGCAAUGCGUCAGUAUUGAAUCUGCUGAUCAUCAGCUUUGAUCGCUACUUCUCGGUGACGAGGCCCCUCACCUACAGGGCCAAGCGAACCACAAAUAGGGCGGCGUUCAUGAUCGGUGAGUUAUCAUCACUCUUCAAUUAAUCAUAACCUUCAAUCCUUUUUUAAUUCAGUAUUGUCCUUUAUUUAUUGGUUCCUUUCGAAAAUAUAUACGAUGCGGGUAGAAAUAACAGGCUUCCGCCAAAAACUACUCCAAACCCUAAUUGAAAU